CCUUGACUACCUUAACAUCUCACAUCACCAUGACAACCACUUCCAAUCUAUCCACAUCGCGCGUAUUUUCCCCGCUCGUCUUGUAUCACGACGGCGACACCAGCCCUCUGACAAUGUCAUUGAAAACAAAUAGCCGUCGCUUGAUGAUCGAUGAGCACAAAACAAAGACAAUCGACAGGCUCCAAUACGAUGCUCAUCUCUGGACAACACCUUCUGACGCGCCCAAGGAUACUCAAAGACCCAGUCUAGACACUACAGGGAAACAGACACUCGAUGUAUCUCCGAGCACGAGCACAUCAUCUUCUUCAAGCACAUCCUCCGAUUCUAGUUGGACUAGCCGGAGCUCGUGCGACAGCAUUGCCACGAUCGAUUCACCACCCCGAACGAUGGAGCCGAUGAUUUACUCCUCAACGCCACCUCUUACGAGAGAGCUGUCACCUGUACAAUCAGCUGUCUGCAGCAUGCCUCCAAAUACCAUUGCAGAUCACCACCAAAUGCAGCAACAACAAAAACAACCAGUAAAAGAUGCAGCCAAGAAAAGACGACGAGGAAACCUUCCACGAGAAGUAACCGAGUUUCUCAAGCACUGGCUUAUUCAGCACAAGGCCCACCCUUAUCCUUCAGAAAAAGAGAAAGGAGAUCUGGCCUGUCGAACUGGCCUGACCGUCAACCAGAUCAGCAAUUGGUUUAUUAAUGCAAGACGCCGUAUCUUACAGCCUAUGCUUGACUCUGAACAGAUCAUUAGAUCUCAAUGGAUGUCCUACCCAGAGAUUGCUAGCAUCGAAGCAAGAAAGAUACGCCAGCUCAGUUUAUAUGCCCAGCAAGACUUUUCCAUUCAACGUUCUCAACUACCAAACCUCAAUUUCUUUGGACAAUACUAG